AUGAGUAUAAGCAAUCCCCAAGUUCGAAAGGAGAGACUUCAAAAGGAACUGGACCGGGUGACACUACUCCUCUCCCUAGAUCGCUGUCACCGUCGCUACAAGGAAGCAUUCGACGACACGUUUAGUCAAGCCUUCAACAAAGUCCAGCCGUUUCUUCCUGCACAUGAGGACCCUCUACAGCAUACGGAUCCAGCUAAAAAUCUGGGGGCUGAACAAUGGCCCCAGCUUCGACCAACGACACCGUGCUGUGAUCAUGUCGGUACCAAUGAGCUCUCUGGCCCCGGAGGAAACCUGUCGCCCGAAGAGCAUGAUGGCAGGGAAUUGCUGAAAGCGCCCAGCGACACUUACGCGAUGAUGUACCAUGGCGAUCAUGCAGGUGUCGAUCCCAACAGACGUGCCGCAAAUCGUCACUCAGCAGCAGCUAAACAGGUCGUGCCGAAAUCGCAAUCAGUUUGCAAGCUGAAGUGGUUUUAA